AUGGACUGGCACUCCUUCAGCAUAGCUGCGGCGCUGCUCAUUUUCCAGGUGGUGCUUGAAGUUAACAGUGAAUUUCAAAUCCAGGCAAGAGACUAUAAUGUCAAAAAUGGGACCAAGUGGUAUACCAUCAAAAGACAGAAACGUGAAUGGAUCAAGUUCGCCGCAGCUUGUCGGGAAGGUGAAGACAACUCAAAGAGAAACCCGAUUGCCAAAAUUCAUUCUGACUGUGCCGCAAACCAGCAAGUGACAUACCGCAUCUCUGGAGUCGGGAUUGACCAGCCACCUUAUGGAAUUUUUGUUAUUAAUCAAAAAACCGGUGAAAUCAAUAUAACAUCCAUCGUUGAUCGUGAAGUCACCCCUUUUUUCAUUAUCUACUGCCGAGCACUGAAUGCCCAAGGCCAAGAUUUGGAGAACCCACUGGAGCUCAGAGUCAGGGUUAUGGAUAUAAACGACAACCCUCCCGUGUUUUCCAUGACUACAUUUACAGGACAAAUAGAAGAAAAUUCUAAUGCAAACACGUUGGUCAUGAAACUCGACGCUACCGAUGCAGAUGAGCCAAAUAACUUGAACUCACAGAUAGCUUUCAAGAUCAUAAGACAGGAACCUUCAGAGUCACCAAUGUUCAUCAUCAACAGAAAAACUGGAGAAAUACGAACAAUGAAUAAUUUUCUAGACAGAGAGCAAUACAGCCAGUAUUCGCUUGCGGUGAGAGGCUCCGACCGUGAUGGUGGGGCAGACGGCAUGUCUGCAGAAUGUGAGUGCGUCAUCAAAAUCCUGGACGUCAAUGACAACAUCCCAUACUUGGAGCAGUCAUCUUAUAACAUCGAAAUUGAAGAAAACGCACUGCACUCGCAGCUGGCGCAGAUCAGAGUCAUUGAUCUGGACGAGGAGUUCUCAGACAACUGGAAGGCGGUCAUUUUCUUCAUCUCCGGAAAUGAGGGAAAUUGGUUUGAAAUAGAAAUGAAUGAAAGAACAAAUGUAGGCAUUCUGAAGGUUGUCAAGCCACUAGAUUAUGAAGCCAUGCAGAAUCUGCAACUUAGUAUUGGUGUUCGAAACGUCGCUGAGUUCCACCAGUCCAUCAUUUCUCAGUACAGAAUCACAGCGACUAUGAUCACUGUAGCUGUGAGGAACGUAGUGGAAGGCUCCGUGUUCCGGCCAGGCUCAAAGACAUUUGUAAUAAACAGCCAGAUGGGCGCAAACUACAAGGUGGGAGAGUUUGUAGCUACCGACCUGGACACGAACCAAAUCUCAACAAAUGUUAGAUAUGUAAUGGGAAAUAACCCAGCCAACCUGCUGGAUAUUGGCUCAAGAUCAGGCAUAAUAACUUUAAGAAACAGAGUUACUAAGGAACAAUACGACAUGCUUAAUGGAAGAUACGAGGGAACAAUAUUGUCAAUAGAUGAUCAUCUUCAAAGGACCUGCACUGGAACAAUCAUCAUCGAGCUUAGUGGCUCCGGAUAUGAGACAAGCACACAGGACAAUUCAGGUGGCGGCGACAAUACAGGAGGCACUACAGGGGGUAGUGGCAGUUCCGGAAGUGGCACAAGUGGAAAUACUUCCACUGAAGAAACACAAGUCAACACAGGAUCAUGGGAUAAUGGCAACAAUGGCGGUCGUGACGAAGAUAACUACAAUAAUGGUGAUGAUGGUACUGUUGACCGGCAACGAACUGGAGACAACGUUCACUUGGGUCCUGCAGGCAUCGGGCUGCUCGUCAUGGGGUUCUUAAUCCUAGGAUUGGUUCCAUUCUUGUUGCUUUGCUGUGAUUGUGGAGGUGCCCCUGGUGGUGGAGCUGGUUUUGAGCCUGUUCCAGAAUGUUCUGAUGGAGCAAUUCACACAUGGGCAGUAGAAGGCCCACAGCCCGAACCCCACGAUGGCAUAGCUACCAUCUGUGUGCCACAAAUGCUACCUGGUAAUGCCAAUAUUAUAGAAUGUAUACCUGACAACUCAGGAGUUUAUACAAAUGAGUAUUGUGGCAGAGAAAUGCAAGAUCUGGGAGGAGGAGAAAGAACUACAGGAUUUGAAAUGAUGGACGGAGUUAAAACAUCCGCUGCACCUGAGAUCUGCCAAGACUAUUCAGGAACGUUAAGAAGAAGCUCAAUGCGAGAAUGUAGAGACGGAGGUCUCAACAUGAACUUCAUGGAGAGCUACUUCUGCCAGAAAGCUUACGCCUAUGCCGACGAAGAUGAAGGACGCCCAUCCAAUGACUGUUUGCUCAUCUACGACAUUGAAGGUGUAGGCUCCCCUGCAGGCUCCGUGGGCUGUUGCAGCUUCAUCGGAGAAGAUCUAGAUGAAAGCUUCCUGGAUACCCUGGGGCCCAAGUUUAAGAAACUGGCAGACAUCAGCCUGGGAAAAGAAAUAGACUCCUAUCCAGAUCCUGAACCAUCUUGGCCUCCUCAGAGCUCUGAGCCGAUGUGCCCCCAGCAGACAGAGCCCCUUAAUAGCGGACACCCACCCAUCUCCCCACAUUAUGGCACUACCACAGUAAUUUCUGAGAACACCUACCCCUCCGGCCCUGGUGUACAGCACCCUGUGCAGAUUUCUGACCCUCUAGGCUAUGGUAAUGUCACUGUCAUGGAGUCAUAUACCACCUCUGGCACUCUGAAGCCCUCUGUCCACUUUCAUGAUAACCGACAGGCUUCAAAUGUGGUGGUGACAGAGAGGGUAGUGGGCCCCAUCUCUGGUGCUGAUUUGCACGGAAUGUUAGAGAUCCCUGACUUAAGAGAUGGAUCCAACGUUAUAGUGACAGAAAGGGUAAUAGCCCCAGGCUCAAGUCUACCCACCUCUCUGACCCUCCCUAAUCCUAGAGAGUCUUCAAAUGUGGUUGUGACAGAAAGGGUGAUCCAACCAACCUCCAGCAUGGUGGGCAACCUGAGCAUGAGCCCUGAGCUAUCAAAUGCCCACAACGUGAUUGUGACGGAGAGGGUGGUUUCCGGUGCCGGUGUAAGUGGCAUUAGCGGCACCACGGGAAUAGGUGGUGUUGGAGGCAUAGGCAGCAGCGGCCUGGUUAGCACCAUGGGUGCUGGUGGCGGGGGUCUGAGUGGGGCUGGAGUAGGUGGUGGAGGCACCGGGCUGACCAGCUUUAGUGGAGGCGGGGGCAUGAGCAGCAUGGGCGGGACAGCCACUAUAGGCCACAUGAGAAGCUCUUCUGACCACCACUUUAGCCAGACAGUUGGGUCUGCCUCCCCUAGCAUGGCUCGGAGUCGAAUCACAAAGUACAGUACGGUACAGUAUACCAAGUAGUCAGGGUCCCAGAGUAAUGAUCACCACCAUCGUGGUGACUGACAUUCAAUUCCUGCCCCCCAAAUCUAACAGUGCAAUUUAUGACACAGAGAAGAAGGUUAUAGGAGACCUGUGGAGUGAGGUGAGGAGCCACAGUGAGAACAAAUGGAAACAUUGCACGGGGCAGAGUGCUCCCUGGCAUUGGUAAACUUUUCUGAUAUUAACACCGAUGAAAUAAUGACGGUGAACUUGAGGCACAGUCUUAUCUGUGGCUAUGUGGUCUACAGGGUUGGUUUUGUUUGUUUAUUUGUUUAAUAUGUGUGCCCUGGAGGAUGUCACCAGCAUGUUGAGUGAAUAAAAUGUGGCUACGUAAAAGCACUGACUUUCAGAGGCAACUGCAGGAAUUCUUCUUGCUGUUCAGAAAGUAACCGGAAAGAUUUCGCUGUGUGGCUGCUCUCGCGUGGGCGAGGAAAGACUGACAUUUUCUUCACAUGUACCUCGUCUGUUUCACAGGCGAUACAAACUAAAAACCCUCCCACAAAUUCAGGCCAAGCUAAUGAAAUUGUAGCUACAUAGUUAAGUGUAGAAGACCCCAGUUAUCCUUACCUUGACCACAUCUAAACUGUACUUGAUGGAAUAAUUUUCAAAUUAAGAAAUAAUGUCCUACGAGGAUAUCCAGACAGUAACAAUAGGGCGAGACUUAUUUAGCCCAAACUGAGUUCAUUAAGUCUCCUGUGGGACAAGGACUUCCCAGCUUCCGUUUGUGUUUCACAGUGUGGUGUUUCCGGCUCUGGUUGGGUUUCACAGGUGUGUCUCAGGUUCCAGUUAUGUUUCAUGGGUAUGAUUUUGAAGAGUGUUGCUUGCUGGGGAGGUGGUAGGGCAAAUGCUCAUUUUUCUCUUUGCCGCUAUACUGAAUAAAUAAUAAAGGAAAGUUGCCAAGUUUACCUUAGACCAAAGCAAGUGACCAUGAUGUGGCUGCCAUCACCGGUGUUAAGUCACCUCCUCAGUAAGCAGAGGGGGCAGUAUUAAAUCUCAGUCUAAGCAGGAAGUGACACUCGCUCCUAUGCAGCUCUU